AUGUCUGCAUUAUUUUCUCACAUUUUUAUGGCAGUGGCUGUAAUUGAAUCCAUGGUAGGACUUCUAGGAAAUGGAACUAUCUUGGCUGUCAGUUCAACUAGCUGCAUCAGGAAGAAAAUAUUGUCUUCGUAUGAUAUGAUUAUGAUCUGUCUGAGUUUAUCCAGAUUCUUUUUGCAGUCCUGCAUUAUGCUGCAUUUAUUCCUAAGUAUAUUUUUCAAAUCCUUGUAUUAUGAAAUAAGAGUUCUUGUAAUUUUCAACGCAGUUUUUAUGUUUCUGAAUUACACCAGCCUCUGGUUUGCUGCCUGGCUUAGCGUCUUCUAUUGUACCAAGGUUGCUAGUUUUACUCAGUCUUUCUUCAUCUGGCUGAAGCAAAGAAUUUCCAGUCUCAUGCCCUGGAUACUGAUAACAUCAACUCUUUUGUCCUUUGCAACCUCUCUUCCUUUCGCCUGGGAUAUCAACAACAUGCACAACAACUUCACUGCUCCUUUAACCGUGACAAACUCUUCAGAAAGGAGAGACACAAUGAAAAACAGUUUGUUUGUAGUGAUUCUUCUCUGUAAUGCCGGUAUAGCUUUGCCUUUACUAGUGGUUGUUGUUUCAAGUAUCCUACUAAUUAGAUCUCUGUGGAUACACACCCGACAGAUGCAAAAUAAUGCAACUGGCUUCAGGGAUCCCAGCGUAGAGGCCCAUGUUGCUGCCAUCAAGUCAGUCAUUUCCUUCCUUAUCCUCUGCGUUACAUAUUUCAUUGCCUUGGUUCUCAUUUUAAGCAGAAUUUUUUUGCCUUUAAGCACUGAGGUAGCCAUAUGUAUAGCUGUAAUGGCAGCCUGUCUUGCAGGACACUCUAUGAUCUUAAUCUGGAGCAACCCCAAAUUUCGAGCUAGGAUUUUGCACUACACAAACUGUCAUGUAAGAACUAGAUCCAUGUAA